AUGUCAUACACACUUCUUUCAGGAAGGCCAUCAGAUCAGGUCGAUUUGGAGAAGUAUCCUGGCUGGGAUCAGCUGAGGUGGUGGAACAUGACCCUGAGGGCCGGAGAUUGCGCCUUUGUGCCGCGUCAGUGGCGUGAGCCUGAGCUCACUACCCAGCGCAUUCACGUGUGGUUCUUUGGCGAGCGCUUCGAGAAGAAGGGCUGCAAGGAACACAUGGCGCGCUUGGCUGUCGGAGCUCUCAAGGAGGCCGGGAAGCGCGGCAUCAUCGUCGGAGGUUGGGCUGAGCUCUCGGCGGAGUCGUUAGGUGGGGACGAGUACGAAGAGCUCAAGGCAUACAGCCGCGAGAACGUGCUGUUCCUGAAGUCUGCGCCUCACGAAUGGCUCUUCCCGCAGUGCGCUUGCUGCGUGCAUCACGGAGGCAUCGGUACAACACAGGCCUCUCUCGGUGCGGGCGUUCCCACGGUCGUGACUCCCGUCUUUGCGGACCAGAAAGACAUUGCGAAGAAGCUGUCGGAAGACAAGACGGGCCAGGGCACCGUUCAUCUCUCACAGCUCACUGCUGCGGAGCUCGGAGCGAAGAUUCGCAAAUGCUGUGAUGACCCCACAAUCAAGCAGAAUUGCGAGAAGCUCCGCGACGUGAUGCAGAAGGAAGAUGGAGUCGGCACGACCGUCCAGUUCCUGGAGGGAUUCAUGAAGGAGGUCGAGAGCGGCGUCUGGAAGAAGAAGCAGGAUGCACUCUUCAAAAGGUGCUUAGAUGCCUGGGAGAAGCAAAAGAAGCUCCCGGACGCCAGCAAGUUAAUGGCCAAGUGGAACAUGGACCUGGCAGACAAGUACCAGCCUCUCCAGGACUACACAAACCAGCAGGUUAAUUUGUUCGGGAAGAUGGUGGAGCUCUUCAACAAGAAGAAGCUCUGGUGGGUGAAAUCGACACAGGGCUGCCUCGCCAGGAAAGGGGAGGCUCUGAAGUCCGAGGAGUGCGGUCGAUACAAGGAGUUUACACUGCUGGAGGAGCUCGAGGCCAAUAAAAGUGGAAGCAGGCUCCGCGUGAGAAGAUUGAAAGGAGUCGGUCCUGACGAGGCGUGGGUGUCGCCGACGGUGUCCGGCAAAGACAUUAUUGUGAAGGUGGUGCAUCAGCUUGAGAUCCAGAAGAUCCAGGGCGAUGCCCUCAAGAAGCAGUUUGCUGACAUCAUUCCGAGCGAGGUGAAGUUUUAG